AUGGCGAAACCCGAUUACGCGGAAAUAUGUCGCGACAUACGAUUGCAAUUUACUAUCAAGUUCGAAAAAGCAGAAACAAAGGACAAGUUCGCGACAAGAGCAAUGGUCAGAGAUGUUCUAUCACAGUCUGUGCUGAAAACGCUGUACGAAUCCACUUGGGAUGAGGAGGACACUUCGGGGACAGGCCCUAACACUGUUGACACCUUUGUUCGAAGUAUAGAGAAGAAAAUGCUGCACGACUUUUUAGCUGUUUUAUUAUACGCAAAAUGCUCAAUCGAGGCCGCAAAAGUAUUUACCAAAAAGCUUGUAUUCGGAAACAUGGCACAAGAACAGCAACAAUAUAGCGAAACUCCAUAUCUGCUCCCAGCGACCGAGGAUUAUCUUGAACGUCUCUUCGACCGUUUCGACACCUACGAUUUCUUCUCUGAGCAACGCCCUUUCUGUACUAUCGUACUUGGUGGACCAGGAGUCGUCACGAUUGAUCAAGACGAUAAGCGGUCUCUCCCAUGGCUAGACGAGAGGCAUAUCGGUUCCGGUGCUUUCGGAAGCGUGUAUGAGGUCAAGAUACCUAAGAACCAUUUGACCAUGCAACAAGACUUCAAUCAAACCAACUCAAUGGCCAAGCUGGUCGCCCGAAAAGACUACAUAGUCGCCAAAAACAUGGAAGAGAAUUUUGAGAAAGAGGUGAAAUCUAUUCGAGACAUCUUCAGUGCCAGCUCCAAGCACAAUAACAUUCUCGAGAGCUUUGGCACUCUUGUCAUCAGAGGGCCAGAGCCAAAGUUCAGUCUACUCAUGCCACUAGCGGACAUGGACCUACAGAAGUACAUGGAAGACAAUCCAGAGAUCCCAACCGAUGACAGAUGGGCCCGACAGCGUAUAAUUAGCGCCGCUAUAGGACUAGCAGGUGGACUUGAGUUCCUCCAUAGCCAGAUGACUACGGUCAGAGGCGAUAAACUGGUUUGUUACCAUAUGGAUCUCAAGCCUAGCAAUAUCUUGGUGUUUCUACAUAAACCACGAAUGAAUGGUACUGGCACAGAGGACAGAGACUAUGGCAUGAUUUGGAAGCUUAGCGACUUCGGCCUGUCAAGAGUCAAGAUCAGAACACAACCGGAAAAGAAUUUAGACAGCCUCUUCGAAAGGAAAAUCAUUGACCAGUCCACCGAAGCAUCACCGACCGAAAACCUGCGAGGAAGCGGUACAUACCUACCAAUUGAAGCUCAAGACAAAUCAAAGACGAUGAACCAAAAGAGUGACAUUUGGUCUUUGGGCUGCGUUAUUAGCGUCUUAUUUACCUACAUGGAAGAAGGGUACUCAGCUCUGGAGGGAUACAGCGAUUCCCGACGCAAGUAUAACAAGCCUCACAAGAUGGUCGACGUCUUCUACCAGGAGAACAGGCCUCGCAGAGGUGCCAGUUUGAACGAGGCUGUCAAGGCCCAACACACCAAACUUAUUGAAGCCGCAAAGAAACGAAACACGGCUGAAGGCGAAGCGGUUUCGAAAGACAUUGAAGAAAUGUCAAACUGCAGAAUCGUCAGUCAGGCCUAA